AUAUAAAAACCGUAUGCAUAGAAUUUAGAUCGAAAAACAAAAGUUAUGUAUGUUAAUUGUUCAAACCAAGUGCUGGGUUAAAUUUUUGCAGUCCUGUGUUCAUUUUUCCAUUGUAAAUGAAUACUAACGGAUUGCCAUAAUAAGCUGAAAGUUACGACUCUACUGCUAUUCUCAUACCUCUUUCAGUUACAUUAAAACAUAUUUGCUUUGAACAAAAUAUUAAACCUAUGGCUAGACAAAAAUGAUUCCAAAAAACGCAUAUACCCUGAAGACAGAAGUAACCAAUUUUUGCAUUACAAAUGAAAACAAAAAUCAAAGCAAAAUAAGAAAUCGAAGCAAUUCUGCAUUAAUUCUGGCCUUCUUGUCUUUCCCGUUCCGUUACUUCUCCUCUCAUUUUCUUCUUUUCGUUUGCUAUUUGUAAUACUCUUUUGUUUGGUAAGGGUCUGCGUAUUAGAGUGCUUUGCAUGUAGUUCCUUUACAUAAAUAAAUCUUUCCAAGGGUAUACAAAAGUCGAAAGUGUUGAGGUUUAGUCUUUGGAGAGACCCUCGGGUUUUUCUUCAGUUCAGCUCAAUAAUCUAAGAGUGGAGGUUGUUAUUUGUGGCGCCAACAGGAAAAUCCAGAGAGUUAAAAAAAUCAAAAAACAAAAAUGAUAAUUCUUUAUGCCAAAUACGCAUUUAUAUUUUGGCUUCUCAUCGGAAGUAAUCAUGGAGAUUUGCUUCUAUUGAACCAAAUCACCGAAGAUAAGACAGUGAUCAAUGAUGCCGCCUGUACACAGAAAUGUCUUCAGGCGAAUCCAUCCACCAGAGUUACAUUUCGCAAUUGUUUUAGCAAUUGUAGUUCUAGAGACCAGAGUGGCCAAUUAACCAGAAACAUUAUUCUCCAUAAAAUUCAGGAAAAUUAUCAGCUUCAGUUGGUUUGUCGCACAGACGGGGAGCUAACGUUUCGUGUGGACUGGGUUCAGCAUGGACAUGUGACAAUCCCCGCCAAUCAAUCUGCUGUGUAUAUCAUUCGCUUAAAUGCUGUGAAGCAGGAUGAAAAUGUUAUGGAAUCCUUGCUGUACAUGUCGGAUGAAAAGUGGUUCACCAUUCCUUCACUGGCACCUGGCACUGCUCACAAUAUUACCGUUCUUGCCGUACACAGCGAUGGAGCCUACUCUUUGAUAGCCACUGAACUGACCUUUAAUACACUUAAACGUGGCUAUACUCCAAAGAAAAUGGGUGAAAUUAAUUUGCUGACUUUUAAUAAGAAGGACCAAGAUCCGCAGCAUUUGGUGGCCGAUAUAGAGUGGCAACCCACUGCUGAUGACAAUUGUUAUUUUGAUUUGAUACAUUAUUCAACGGAUAGCGUAAGCAUGGAGCAGCCUUCGCCAGUGCAUUUCCGUAAUCCCCGAGAACUGUAUAGACAUUCCAUUGAUAUGAUUGAAUUUGGUGAGCAAAUCAUGGUCGGCCUACGAUCGGUGAAUAUAAAGAAUCAACUGGAGAGUCCUGUGGAAUGGCUAGCCAUACAAGCGCCUACUUGCUUGGAUUGGUAUCAAUUUAACUACACUCUGUGUGCUCCCGCUGAACCAUCCAAUUUAACUGUAGCUCAAGAGCAUUAUGUACAGGAUAAUCUGGCGCUGAAAAUAAGCUGGGAUGUGCCCAAUCACUUUCCGGACAACUACACCUUGCACGUUGUGGAUUUGCAUCCGGACAGCGAGGAAAUCCAAUACCAUGUAAAUGGGACUGCCAGUUUCUUUUACAUUCCAAAGAUUAGGGUCAAAGGCUCUAAUUUUGAGGUGCGCUUAGUUGCCUAUACUACGGGAGGCAUGAGCAGAUCCGUGAUUUUCCUAAACAAGGGAGCCCGAGAGCCAUGGAUAAGCCAUGGAAACCUUAUUAAGUUGAUUCUUUUGAUAAUUGUGCCCAUUGGCUGUGUCGUCAUGUUAUGCCUUCUCACACUCUGCACGCGGAGUCGUAUUCGCAAGGACUGUCGUCCUGGUCUCGAAUUGGCCGUCAAGGAGACAAAGGCUCAAUUAUCCCUAAUAGAUAAUAGCAGCUUGUUAGCAAAUCUUUCUGUAAAUGAUUGCAGUCUUGAUCUAAGUAUGGAUGAACUAGAAGUGGAACCGCAUGCCGUGCUGCUUCAGGAUAUUUUGGGUGAGGGCGCCUUUGGUCUGGUGCGUCGAGGUGUUUUUAAAAAGCGUCAAGUAGCCGUAAAGCUACUUAAAGAUCAGCCAAACGAGGAAGACGUGCAGGCCUUUAAAUGCGAAAUCCAAAUGCUUAAAGCCGUGGGGAGGCAUCCCAAUAUAGUAGGCAUUGUCGGUUAUUCCACCAGAUGCAGGGAUCGUAUGAUGUUGCUCAUAGAGUAUUGCAGCCUGGGCAGUUUGCAAAACUUUUUGCGAAAGGAGUGGAAAUUUCGACAGGAGCAAAGCGCGCACAAUGCUAAGAUCGAACGUCCCCCAAAAUUGGAGCGCGACAUUAAUUCACGCAUUGAAGACAUUAACCUAUCACUACCAUCCACAGUUUUAGAGGAACUCGAAGUGGAGCUGGCUAGUAUACAACAAGAGAUCUUUAUUCUGGCGGCAGACAACAAAACAUACGGUCUAAAUGAUAUUGAAAAUAUUGAUGGCCAUCUUCAUGCACCUGUGAAUCAAGCAAGCUCUAAGAGCAAGCAUGUCUUUCAGAAUCAGGAAUAUUUCAAUGACUUUUGCAAAGAAUCAAUGUUGAAUCCCAAACGAGACCCUCUUACAUAUGUUGAUUUGCUGGACAUUGCCCAACAGGUGGCUGUGGGUAUGGAAUAUCUGGCUCAGAAUAAAGUCGUUCAUCGGGACUUGGCAGCACGUAAUGUUCUAAUAUCCAUGGAUCGUAGCAUCAAAAUUGCAGACUUUGGCUUAAGCCGGGAUGUUUAUCAUGAAAAUGUCUACCGCAAGUCUGGUGGAAGUGGCAAGUUGCCCAUUAAAUGGCUAGCUCUUGAGUCAUUAACCCAUCAGGUGUAUACAAGUCAGAGCGAUGUCUGGUCAUUUGGCAUUUUGCUUUAUGAAAUCUUGACUUUGGGAGGCAUGCCCUAUCCAUCGGUAGCACCUAGUGAUUUGCUGCAAUUGUUAAGACAGGGUCAACGAAUGAAGCGACCCGAAGGUUGCUCCGACGACAUGUUUGCCUUAAUGCAGAGCUGCUGGUGCUCCAUACCAGGAAAUAGACCUACAUUUACAAUCCUGAAAGAUCAACUUGGGGUAAUGAUGAAGGCCACCAAUGAGAUGCCAAAGCGAUUACUACAACAGCAGCCACUAAAUUGCAUUAACCCCAAGUUAAAUGACAACGAUAGCGACUAUUUGCAAGCAUUGCAUUAACAAAACAUUUUAUUUCAACUUUAGUAUGAUGAUGAUCAACUAGACUUAAUGAUAGAUUAAUAACACAUAGUGCCAAAAAGUUCACUUUAAACUUUUUUAAUACAAGACAAUGCCAAAAACGUUUAUAAAAUUAGGUGCUGACAAAAGAGAGAGAAAGAGUCUACUCAACUCUUAUUGGCAAAUAAUAUAUAUAUAAACCGAAAACUCUGUAACAGAAUCUCCCUUCUCUGAGUUAGCUCCAAAUGUUUAAGGCUUCACCAAUUCCAGAACCUAAUAAGAUUGAACGAGUAAGUAAUCUUAUGUAUCAGAUAAAUUUCCUAGAACUUUGUUUUAUUUUGUAAAUACAUAAUCCCUUUCGGUUGUCUAUA